AUGCCAUCUGGGUGGUUUCUCCCGGGGUUGGGAACCCAUCACCCAGCUCCCGAAGAGCCAGAGGCCAAAGAGGAGAGCAUAAUGAUGGACCUUUUCGAAACGGGCUCCUAUUUCUUCUACCUGGACGGGGAGAAUGGAGCCCUGCAGCAGCUGGAGAUGGCCGAGGGCUCCCCUCUGUACCCGGGCAGCGACGGCACCCUGUCCCCCUGCCAGGACCAAAUGCCCCCCGAGGCCGGGAGCGACAGCAGCGGCGAAGAGCACGUUCUGGCGCCCCCGGGCCUGCAGCCCCCUCACUGCCCGGGCCAGUGCCUCAUCUGGGCCUGCAAGACUUGCAAGAGGAAAUCGGCGCCGACGGACCGACGCAAGGCCGCCACCCUGCGAGAGAGGCGACGUCUGAAGAAGAUCAACGAAGCCUUCGAGGCCCUUAAGCGCAGGACAGUGGCCAACCCCAACCAGAGGCUGCCCAAGGUGGAGAUACUGCGCAGCGCCAUCACGUACAUCGAGCGGCUGCAGGAUCUCCUGCACCGUCUGGAUCAGCAGGAGAAGAUGCAGGAGCUGGGAGCAGACCCUUUCAGCUACAGCCCUAAGCAAGGAAAUCUCCCCAGUUCCGAUUUCCUGAGCACCUGCAGCUCUGAAUGGGAAAAUGUUUCUGAUCAUUCCAGGGCCCUAGCCUUAAGUCCCAGAGAAGUCGGAGGGCCCAUAAUCGAGUCAUCUGCCUCCAGUAGCCUAAGGUGUCUUUCUUCUAUCGUGGACAGUAUUUCCUCCGAAGACCCUAAACUUAUCAGCGUGGAGGAGGUAGUGGAGAAAUAACGAACCCCUUUGCUGGUUCUAGAGGGAUCUUUGCUUCUGCUGGAAGAUUAUUCCCUGCUCCACCCCCACCCCAACCCCAUAACUAACCUUUAGAUUAGGUUACAUUGCAUUAAUAUUUAGGAAACCAUUCCCAGGAUCGUCUGAAAGUUGGAAACGAAGUAAUAUCUUCUCAGAAAAAAAAAUCCCCAAAACCCUCUGUGUUUGGUCUCCUGAACCUCCCUGCCAUAGACAGUCCUUUUACCUUUUCUUUUUUGAUUUUAAUUUAUUAGAUUGACUUUUAUCAUGAUUAUGCCUAUUGUACCCUGCUCCAGAGAAGCUCAUUCCUGUCUGAAGCCAAGUGGGAAAAUUGUGGUUUAAUGUUAGUUUUAUUUAAUGUGUAUUCUGUGUUAUUGAUUUUUGUAAAUACUUUUAGUACUUUCUCUUUUUUAUGUAAAUGCAAGAAAUGUAUUUAAGAUGGGGGAUGCAGUACUGUAUAUAAACGGUUCAA